AUGUCGAAUAGAUCCAAGGCGAUGAUGCCACCUAUUAAUUGUAUAUUUAAUUAUUUACAACAGCAAACUUUGGUUACAUUUUGGUUAUACGAACAGGUAGGCAUACGUAUUCGCGGUAAGAUUGCAGGUUUUGAUGAAUUUAUGAAUGUUGUUAUUGAUGAUGCUUUAGAGGUGCCGGUUGAUGUGAAGACAGGUAAGGAAAAGCUCGAUGAAGCAAGAAAAUUGGGUAGAAUACUUUUGAAAGGUGAUAAUAUUACUUUGCUUACUUCUGUUGAUGGGUAA